AUGACAAACCCUCUUCCUUCCACUCUCGCAGUGGCUUUCUGGUCCUUAUUGUUCUUGCUAUCAUUAUCAUCACGUCCAGUGUUUGGUCUUACGGAAGACAAGAUCGCUGCGUUUCACAGCAAGAUUGCCAGUGAGUUGCAAGCUGCCAAGAUUCGUGGCGCGGCGUAUGCGUUUCGAGGCCCUGGAAUGGACGGCCCCGUUUUGGGGGCGUACGGGUUGACGGCAUCCAGCGAUGAUUCGCCUCCCAUGGAAACGGACACGGCGUUUCAGCUGGCGUCGCUCUCCAAGCCAUUUACAGGAGCCGCCGUGGGGACGUUGCUCGAACAAGGUCUCCUGUCGUCGUUGGACGAUGACAUUUGCAAUGUCUUUAAUGAUACUGGACCCACUCUGGCGGAUGGUAGUGUCAAUACGGCCUGUCGGAAUCCUGCCUACCCCGAUAUUCCCGUCACGUGGCGCAUGAUCGUCACACACCGAUCCUCCAUGGUACGAGGAUUACCGAGGGCUGCCGGUGACGUGGAAGUCUCGUAUGGUCCCACCGGUGUCAAUUACAUUGUGGAAGUGGCGGGAAAUCCAACCUGUCCCAUUGAUGAUGUGGUACAGUUUUACGAGGAUUUACUAGUCGAUAAAGACACGGAAACGACGGUCGGACAGAGUGAUGGAUACAACGUCCACUGGUACUCUCUCGCCGAGCAAGACGUUGGAGGGAUAUGGAAUGCCAGUUACCCACCCGGUCAACGAGAAGAAUAUUCCAAUGUAGCCGUGGGAUACAUUGCGGCUCUGGUAGAGCAUCUGACGGAACAAGCCUUUCCCGACUAUGCACAGGACAAUGUCUUUGCUGUGGUGGGCAUGAAUCAAACGGCAUGGUUCCACACCGAUCUAUCCAAUGAUACCAUUGUCGCCAUGCCCACGUAUCCGUACGACGAUGCGACGGAAUCUUGGACCGAUGUGGGACACUACUGUUGGGCCAAUUAUGCCGAUGGACAAUUGCAUUCCUCCAUUCAAGAUUUGGCGGCCUAUGCCGACCUGUUGGUAGACUCCUAUGGCGUUGGUACGUUGUGGUCCAACGAAACGGCGUGGGAGUAUGUCUUUGGCUGCCAAGCCGAGGAUGAAACGGGCACUCGUAUAUCCGAACAGGACUGUGAAUUUGCGCUCUCCUGGGGUUACCUUAAUAAUGAGAAAAAAGCGACAAUGGGCUGGCCGCACCCCUUUGAACAACUCGAUUGGACCAAUGGCAUGGUGCAUGACGGAUCCGAAUUUGGCAUUGCCACGGAUGCCUUUAUUCUGCCAGAAGCCAAGUCAUAUUCCAUUAUUCUGUUCAGCACGGAAGGAGUCGACGUGGAUUACUUUGUGGAAGGCAUUAUUCACGAAGGAAUGAGUUCGCUAUUGGACAUGGGUGCACCUGCUGGGAGCCCAGUCGUCCUCAUGGUCGUCCUGUGGAGCCUCUUUAAUUAA